AUGAACCCAGUCAAUACCAAGCCGUACAAACUUCCUCCGGAUGCGACAUGGCUGAUCACCGGGUGCUCGUCGGGCAUCGGUCAAUCACUCGCAACUCUGAUUGCAACAAAGCCUGAUCAUCGCCUGAUCGCAACAGCUCGGAACCCUGCCGACUUGGACUACCUGCCCGACAACGACAAAAACAUUCUCAAGGUUUCUCUGGAUGUGACAUCACCCACGUCGGUGAAAGAUGCGUUCGAUGCGGCAGCAGAGCACUUUGGUAGUGGUUUCCAUCUCGAUGUUGUUGUCAACAAUGCCGGAUAUUCUUUGUCCGGUGACACCGAGUCUGCGACCGAGGAACAGGCCCACGAGGAGAUCGAAACCCUCUUCUUCGGUACCGCUCGAGUGACUACACGUGCUAUCGAAAACAUGCGGGGAUCUGAAAAUCACCGUGGUGGUAUCAUCUUCAACAUCUCCUCGCUAGCUGGACAAUGCGCUUUUCCGGGGCACGCGUAUUAUCACGCGGGAAAAUGGGCCGUUGAAGGUUGGACUGAGUCCGUAGCAAGGGAGAUGCAUCCUGACUGGAACAGUACGCUAGCGUCAGGUUUCAUCCUUUCCACAUUCCAAGUUGCUGAUAUCCGUCUAGUCAACUUUUGUAUUGCCGAGCCGAGCGGUGUCCAAACCAACUUUGAGGGGCACAGCAAAGCGCGCUCCGAGCCACAUCCAGCCUAUGCAGGGCAAGACAUGCCAGCUCGUGUUCUCGAAAGAUACGUGGAGAUGGGGAUCAAGUCAGGAACCCUCACCAAGCCGUCUGUGAUUGCAGAUGCCAUCUAUAGCAUUGCAUCCAGGGAAGAACGCAUUCCGUUGCGUGUUCCGCUUGGUGCACCUUCUUGGGGAUUUAUCAAGCAGAAGCACGAAGCUUCCUUGAAAGACCUCGAGGACAUCAAGGAGUUCAGUCUGUUGAAUCAGAAGCCGUCCGGUCACUAG